UUUCUGAUCUGGGCCCUGAGCAUCCUUCACCUUGUCAGAGCGGAGGCCAUCGAGCUGACCGACAUGUUCGGUGAGAUCCAGUCCCCCAGCUUCCCGGACUCCUACCCCAGCGAUUCCGAAGUGACGUGGAACAUCUCGGUACCGGAGGGCUUCCGGAUCAAGCUUUACUUCAUGCACUUCGACCUGGAAUCCUCCUACCUUUGCGAAUACGACUACGUGAAGGUUGAGUCCGAAGACCAAGUCUUGGCCACGUUUUGUGGGAGAGAGGCCACGGACACUGAGCAGACCCCGGGCCAGCAAGCCGUCAUGUCUCCCGGUUCGUACAUGAGCCUCACGUUCCGGUCGGACUUUUCCAAUGAAGAACGCUUCACAGGCUUCGAUGCCCAUUACACGGCAGUCGAUGUCGAUGAGUGCCUGGAGAAGAGCGACGAGGAGCUCGCCUGUGACCACCACUGCCACAACUAUAUCGGCGGCUACUACUGCUCCUGCAGGUUUGGCUACCUCCUCCACUCGGACAACAGGACAUGCAAAGUGGAAUGCAGUGACAACCUCUUCACCCAGAGGAACGGAGCGAUCAGCAGCCCGGACUUUCCCAGCCCCUAUCCCAAGAGCUCCGACUGCUUAUACCGCAUUGAGCUGGAAGAAGGGUUCUUCAUCACCCUGCAGUUCGAAGACAACUUUGACAUCGAGGACCACCCGGAGGUCUCCUGUCCCUACGAUUAUAUAAAGGUGAGCGCAGUGUGCCGGCGUUGUUCAUUCCCCAUGGCAAUAAGCGCAACUCGUUCCAAUGAAAACGUCCAGACAGUCUUCCCUUCCUGCCUCAGCCCGGCUGGCUGGGGGCUCUUCCGCGACCUGGUGGUGGAGCGGCGGCUGUCCCCGGAGGAAGGGAAGCACGCGUGUGGGCCUCUUCUGCGGCGGCCCUUUGCUUUUGCAGGCGCUGCACAGACAGAGAGCAGUGGGCGGGUCUUUGCCUGCAGCCGCUUGCCCAGCCGUGUUCUCCCUGCCCCCCCUCCGGGGCCAGUGGCAGGCCCAGCCAGGUGGGCGUCUGGCCAGGGAGGCGGGGCGAAGGAAGGCUGCCUUCCUACGGGCCUCUCCACGAUCCGAGCUGCCCUCUCGCUUGGAAGCCGCCUGGGCCUCGCCAGCCCUUGCAGCCGGCCGUCUGCAGGUGGCGGAGGCGUGGGCACGAGGAACGCGCCAUCUGCUUGGCCCACUGUCGAGAGCUGUCGGCUCCGUUCAGCUGGCAAAGCGCGGCCGUCCCUCGAAGGAGAGCCUGGGGCCUUCUCAGAACGAGAGCCGUUCUCCACCUCCUCCCCCAGCUCCGUGACACGCUGGGGUCCAUCUGUUCCUCUUGGCUGCGGAUCUCCAGUGGCCGACUGCAAGCAGCCACCUGCGCUGGACCACGGUUUUGUCACCUUCUCCACACCAGACAACCUGACCACCUACCAGUCGGGGAUCCAGUAUUCCUGCCAGCAGCCUUACUACCAGAUGGCGCCCAACGUCACAGGAAUCUACAGCUGCGACGCCAAAGGGGUCUGGAUCAGUGAGGAACUGGGGACGGAUCUGCCAUCUUGUCAGCCAGUCUGUGGGAAGCCGAGGUUCUCCAGAAGCCUGCUGGCCCGUAUUGCGAACGGCCGCUACGCCCAACGGGGGAUUUCUCCCUGGAUUGCCAUGCUGCACAAGAAUGGGCGCCCCUUCUGUGGCGGAUCCCUUUUAGGCAACAGGUGGAUCGUGACCGCUGCUCACUGCCUCCACAGUGACCUGGAUCCAGAGAACCCUGUUCUCCGAAGCUCAGAUGUGAUCAGCCCAUCACUGUUCACAGUCAUCCUGGGGAAGCACCGGACCCAAAGGCCAGACGACACAGAGCAGCAUCUCCCACCCAAGUCCCUCGUCCUCCACCCGUCUUACCGGGCGGCCACCCUGGAGAACGACAUCGGCUUGGUGGAGCUGUCUGAGGAGGCCGCGCUGAAUGACUUCGUCAUGCCUGUUUGCAUUCCGGAGGGCCCCCCACCAAAAAAUGCCAUGGUUAUUGUCAGCGGAUGGGGAAAGCAGUUCCUGCAACGUCUCCCGGAUUCCUUGACGGAGAUUGAGAUCCCGCUGACAGAUCACGCCGUGUGCCAGGAAGCCUACGCCAGGCUUCAGAAGGUCAUCACAGAAGAUAUGAUCUGUGCUGGAGAAAGGCAAGGAGGAAAAGACGCUUGCAGCGGAGACUCAGGGGGUCCCAUGGUCACUGUGAACAACCAAACCGGCGCGUGGCAGCUGAUCGGCACUGUGUCUUGGGGCGACGGGUGCGGCCUGGGCGACCGCUAUGGGGUGUAUUCCAAUGUGUUCUCAAGUCUGCCGUGGAUUAAGCAGGUGACUGGAGAGGAAUACUGAAUGCCGAG